AUGUCGCUCUUCAAUGUACUGGCCCUGUUGAUGGCCUUCGUCUGUUCGGUGACCGCUCAGACAUGGACCGACUGUAACCCCCUCAACACAACCUGUCCCGCAGCACCGGCGCUGGGUACCAAUCACACUUGGGUCUUCAAUGAGACUAUGGACGACAAGAUUUGGGAGGUCACGAAUGGCCAAAUUGACUGGAAAGACACUGGCGCCGAAUUUAGUAUCAAGAAGAAACUCGAUUCUCCAACCCUGCAGUCGAAAUUCUUUAUCUUCUUCGGCAUUGUCGAGUCCCACGUCAAGAUGGCGAAGGGCGGCGGUAUCGUCAGCAGUGUGGUGCUUCAGUCAGCCGAUCUAGACGAGAUCGACUGGGAGUGGGUCGGCUACAAUACCUCUGAGGUCCAAUCCAACUACUUCGGCAAAGGCAACGACACCUCGUUCAGCCGUGGUGGCUUCCACUAUGUGGAGAACGCCGAUACCGAAUUCCACAAUUACACCACCUACUGGACUCAGGAGAAGCUCGAGUGGUGGAUCGACGGCAAUCUGGUCCGCACGUUGAAGCCUGAAGAUGCCCUGGAUGGUAAGAACUACCCACAAACGCCUAGCAACGUUCGUUUUGGUAUCUGGCCUGCCGGUGAUUCAAAGAACGCGCAGGGUACGAUUGAAUGGGCUGGUGGUGAGGUCAAUUAUGAUGCCGGCCCUUAUACUAUGGUUGUUCAGAACGUGCGCGUGCAUGACUUCCAUACGGGCAAAGAGUACAACUACACAGAUAACUCUGGUUCCUGGGAAAGCAUUCAGGUUGUCUCGGGUAAUUCCACCACCGUGGAGGAACUGAACAAAGAGCCAUCGAAGUCUCUGGCGGAGAAAUGGGCAGCCCUGCCUAGUGCGGCUAAGAUCGGUGUUUACUGCGGUGCCGCAGCUGCCGGACUUCUUCUUAUCGCCGGAGGCGCAUUUACUUUAUCAGACAGCGCAAGAAGGGACGUCUUGAAUACGCCCUCGACGACGCGAAAUGGAACACUGAACGAAAUGAGCAGAGCAGCCUGCAAACCACCUGGAAAGCAAGCGAAUGGGGAAAUAAAGGUUAUCAACCGGUGA